CGACUCACUGGUUUACAAGCGCAGAAUAAAUGCGCUGAUCACUACAAGUGAGGUGUAUAGAAAGUAAAUGAUAAGACAAAAACGUAUUAGUGAAUUUGUAGUGGAUUGAUCAUAUAACUUUUUUAUUUUAUAAAUUUUUUGGAAAUUGCCAACGAUUUGUCACUUAACUCGACAUUAAUUAAAAAAUAAUAAUACAUAUUCAUUCAUUUUAAAUGAAAAUGAAAAUUGGUCCCUCUAAAAUUCUUUGAGAAACAAGUUUAUUCAUUUGCGCUCGAUGUGUAUAGGUAGUGCACAUAACGAAAUAUAAUGGAACCGGGCACAAAUCAAACGCAAGAGAAGAUGCCUGAAGAAGAUGAUGAAUUUGUUUGGCAAGAUUAUCUUGAUGCAACAGAAAGCAUCGAGGUUCCACAAAUAAUGUUUCCACAUGUAGAAUUAACACUUCAAAGUGAAAUUGAAGUUGGAAUGUCUCUCGAAGUUCUUACUUCAAAAACAAAUCAUGAGGAUAACUCAUAUUGGAUUGCUACAAUUGUUGUGGCAUGCGGACCUCUUUUAAGGCUUCGAUAUUUUGGAGGUGAUAAUAGAUCACUGGAAUUUUGGUUUAAUUUAACAAAGGAAGAUGCUCAUGAAUUGGGAUGGUGUAUGCGGAAUAAUAAAAAAUUAGAGCCUCCUGAAGAAAUUUUGAAACGAUCUCCAGAUUGUUUAGAAAAAUUGCCAGCUUUUUUAAUAUCUGCUAAAUCUAUUCCACAACAGUUAUUAUCUGGAGAGGAAUUAAGUAUGAGUGACAGGAUAAAAAGUGGGAUUAAGGUGGAAAUUAGUGAUUCGCUGCAUCCAUACAAAUUAUGGAUUGCUACGAUAUUAAAAAACGUGGGAGGAAGGCUUUUGUUAAGAUAUGAUACUCCAAAAGCUUCAAAAACAUUAGUUAAAGAUUUUUGGAUAUUUUGCACCUCAGAAUCCCUUCAUCCUUAUGGAUUCUCCUCGAAAUCAUCAAAUUCAAAGUGGUUUCUAGAACCACCAAGCUCAAUCGUUGAUACUCAUCCUUAUGAAGAAUGGAGAGAACUAAUCGAAUCAGGAAAAAAUGAAGUAACGUCAUUAAAUUUAUUUAAUCAUAAUGAAGAUCAUCCUUCACAUAAAUUCACGGUUGGCAUGAAAUUAGAAGCUGUUGUGCCAUUUGAUCGAACUAAAAUAUCACCAGCCACUGUAGUAAAAGUUUUUGAUGAAAUUUAUUUUCUUGUUGAAAUUGAUGAUAUUAAAUCUGAAAAACAAGAUGAUGAUACUUUAACGUAUAUUUAUGAUGAAAAAACUACAUGGCUUUGUACAUCUAAGCAUCCUUACAUAUUUCCAGUAGGUUGGACUGAAAAGAAAAACUUGAAACUGACUCCACCUAAGAGUUGGUCGCUCCAAAAUGGAGAAUUUAAUUGGAAGUCAUACUUACAUGAAACAAACUCAAAAGCUGCUGAUGAAGAAUUGUUUUAUGUUAGAGAAUCAGCAACUGAAAGUGGGUUUGAAGUAGGCAUGAGACUUGAAGCAGUUGAUCCAAAGAAUGAAAAUAUAAUUUGUGCUGCUCAUAUUUCUAAGGUUGUUGAUGAUUUAUUGUGGUUAAUUUUAGAUCAUUAUAAGAGUCGUCCUGAGCACAUUGUUCAUAUGCACUCUUUAAAAAUAUUCCCUGUUGGCUGGUGUGAAUCUAAUCAUUAUCCUCUGAAGCCACCACGAGAUUAUGUAGAAGUCUGUAAAAAAUUAGAGAAACCAGAUAAAGAUGAUGUUAAAAAAAAUAUUUUAGAUAUUCCUAUACCUGAACCUAGAUCAUCUCUCUGGUGUCCAAAAAUAUAUUUUAAUUACCGUUGUUUUACUGGACCAAUGAUCUCAAAAGGAAAAUUGGCAACUUUACCAAAAUCUGUUGGACCUGGACCAGUUACUUUAGUGAUGAAAGAAGUACUUUCGAUGAUUGUAUCUGUUGGCUACCGAAGUGCACGUAUUUUAAAAGUACUUCAAUGUGACUCAAAACCAGAUCCUGGAUACCACUUAGAAGUACUUAAAGCUAAGCAUAAAAAUAAUACUUAUCGUGCUAACGUAGCGGUUGUAACAUCUGGAGAUAUGGUGGCUAAUUUUUGUAGAAGUAUAUGUAAAAAGUUGAUGGUUUGUCCUAAUUUAUUUGGUCCACUUCAAAUUUCGGAAGAAGGAUGCCCAGAUAAGUGCUACAAAACAACUAAAACUAAAUUCACUGCUCCUUUAAAAACAGGAAAACGAGGGAAGCCUAAAGGAUACACAAGUAUUUUAGUGCCAAAAACAAAACCUUGGGGUAAAAAACGUAGAAAGAAACGUGGCAAGUGGGCAUCAACUCACAAAAAUUGUCCUGUUGAAUUUGACCAAGGUGAAGAGUCAGCUUAUAUACCAUCAGUCAUACCAAAGAAUGAAUCUGAAGAAUUAGAAGAUCAGAAUGAUCCAUUUGAGGGUCGUGCACCACUUUCAGAAAUUGAUGUAAUGAUCGAGAAAGAUAUGCAAAAAUCAGACAAAUCAGAUGAUAUUAAGAAUGAAACUCCAUCGAGUAAUGGAUCAGAUGACUCUCGGAGUUCAUUCAAUGACCGAAAAAGCAAAGAUAGUAGUCCUAAUAUUACAGAAAAUAAAAACAACGGUACGUUUAAUUCAAAGUCUAUCAUAAAGAAAAGAAAACGUGACAGAGAAUGGGAAGACAGUGUAGAGUCUGAUGGAUCUGAUGCUGAUAGCUUAGAAAAUCAAAAGAAGCAACGACGUCCGAAAACACGUAAACUUGAGUCAAAUCCACUCUUCUGGUCGGUUGAUGAUGUAUAUCGAUAUCUUUCAAAAACUAAUGAUUGUAAAGAUAUAGCAUAUAGAAUUAAGCAAGAGGAAAUUGAUGGUUUGGCAUUUUUAUUAUUAAAUCUACCAUCCAUAACUGAACACAUGAAACUACGUACAAGUAUAGCAUUGAGAUUGUGUAGGCAUGUGGAGCAAGUAAAGGUAACCUUUUUUUUGAAACACAUCAAUGAAGAGGAACCUGAAAAAUGCUGAAAAUAGUUAAUUAUUCAGUGAUCUACUUACUCUGAAAGCAAUAUUUGAAUUAAUUUAUAUAAAAUAUUUUUUCAAAAAUACUUGAUCAUUCCGUUAUUAUGUAUAGAAAAUGUAUACAUAGCUCAAAAAAUACUUAUCUAUUUGAAUUGGUUUAUGUAGUAUAUUUAUUUCGUUAACAGAUAUUUAUUGGUUGUAUACAGAAUGUAUAUUAUACUUUAGCAGAUAUUAUCGAUUGCUCACAUUUAUUUAGACUAUACUACUACUUACAAA